GGGCCGGGCCGGCCGGGCGGGGGGAGCGCCGGGAGCGCACCAAGAUGGCGACACCCGCAGUCCCUCCCGCAGCUCCCCCCGCGCCGCAGUCCGGCAGCGCCGCGCCGGGGCCGCGCUGAGCCCGCCCGACACGAGCUGACCUGCCCGGGGUGCAACAUCUCUAAAGAAGCUGCUGCAGGAUGAAAAGAUGGCAGCGCGGCUGCUCGCACCACCAGGCCCCGAGAGUUUUAAACCCUUCACUCCGGAGUCCCUGGCCAACAUCGAGAAACACAUCGCGGAGCUGAAGAAGAAGCAGCGCUCCAAGCAGGACAGCAGCCACCGGGACGACGAUGAAGACAGCAAACCAAAACCAAACAGUGACCUUGAGGCGGGCAAGAAUUUGCCUUUCAUCUACGGGGACAUCCCUAAAGGGCUGGUUGCUGUGCCACUGGAGGACUUUGACCCUUAUUAUAUGACCCAGAAAACCUUUGUAGUACUAAACAGAGGGAAAACACUCUUCCGAUUUAGUGCCACACCUGCCUUGUACAUUUUAAGUCCUUUUAAUCUGUUUAGAAGAAUAGCUAUUAAAAUUUUGAUACAUUCAGUAUUUAGCAUGAUCAUUAUGUGCACUAUUUUGACCAACUGUGUAUUCAUGACUUUUAGUAACCCGCCAGAAUGGUCAAAGAAUGUGGAGUACACAUUCACCGGGAUUUAUACAUUUGAAUCACUCGUGAAAAUCAUUGCCAGAGGUUUCUGUAUAGAUGGCUUCACCUUCCUGAGGGAUCCCUGGAACUGGCUGGAUUUCAGUGUCAUCAUGAUGGCAUAUGUCACAGAGUUUGUGGACCUUGGGAAUGUCUCAGCAUUGAGAACUUUCAGAGUUCUCCGAGCUUUGAAAACUAUCUCUGUAAUUCCAGGCUUGAAGACCAUCGUGGGUGCCCUGAUCCAGUCUGUUAAGAAGCUGUCGGAUGUGAUGAUCCUGACAGUUUUCUGUCUCAGUGUCUUUGCCCUCAUUGGGCUCCAGCUGUUCAUGGGCAAUUUAAGGAACAAGUGUGUGAUCUGGCCAAUUAAUGUGAACGAGACCUUCCUGGAUAAUGGCUCCAGGGGCUUCGACUGGGAGGAAUACACCAACAAUAUGUCAAAUUUUUACAUCAUUCCUGGUGCCCCCGACCCUUUGCUCUGUGGUAACAGCUCAGAUGCAGGCCAAUGUCCAGAGGGAUACACGUGCAUGAAGGCAGGACGGAACCCCAACUACGGCUACACCAGCUUUGACACCUUCAGCUGGGCUUUUCUGGCUUUGUUUCGCCUUAUGACUCAGGACUUUUGGGAAAACUUGUAUCAAUUAACUUUACGAGCGGCAGGAAAAACCUACAUGAUCUUCUUUGUGCUGGUGAUCUUUGUGGGAUCCUUCUACUUGGUGAAUCUGAUUUUGGCUGUGGUGGCCAUGGCCUACGAGGAGCAGAACCAGGCGACCCUGGAGGAGGCAGAGCAGAAGGAGGCAGAAUUCAAGGCCAUGUUGGAACAAUUGAAAAAGCAGCAGGAAGAAGCACAGGCUGCUGCCAUGGUCACCUCGGCAGGGACGGUGUCUGAAGAUGCUGUGGAAGAUGAUGGUGGGGGGAGGAUGUCCCGGAGCUCCUCGGAGAUUUCCAAGCUCAGUUCCAAGAGUGCCAAGGAGCGUCGGAACAGGAGGAAGAAGCGGAAGGACAAGGAGCUGUCGGAAGGAGAUGAGAAGUGUGACAAUGAGAAGGUGUUCAAGUCAGAAUCUGAGGAUGGCAUGAGGAGGAAAGCGUUCAGGCUGCCAGAUAACAGGCUGGGGAGGAAAUUUUCCAUCAUGAACCAGUCUCUCCUCAGCAUCCCGGGCUCCCCUUUCCUCUCCCGCCACAACAGCAAGAGCAGCAUCUUCAGCUACAAGGGGCGCUUCCGCGACCCGGGCUCGGAGAACGAGUUUGCUGACGACGAGCACAGCACGGUGGAGGAGAGCGAGGGCAGGAGGGACUCGCUCUUCAUCCCCAUCCGCGGCCGCGACCGGCGCAGCAGCUACAGCGGCUACAGCGGCUACAGCCAGGGCAGCCGCUCCUCGCGCAUCUUCCCCACGCUGCGCCGCAGCAUCAAGAGGAACAGCACCGUGGACUGCAACGGCGUCGUGUCCCUCAUCGGGGGGCCGCCCUCCAGCAUGCCUGGUGGCCGCAUCCUGCCCGAGGGUACCACUGAGAUUGAAAUUAGGAAGAAGCCUGGUGGGUCUCUGUUGGUCUCAAUGGAUCAGGUGAAUGCAUCCUAUGGAAGGAAGGAUCGGACCAACAGUGUCAUGACUGGGUUGACCAACACCCUUGUUGAGGAGCUGGAAGAGUCCCAGAGGAAAUGUCCCCCUUGCUGGUAUAAAUUUGCCAAUACCUUCCUGAUCUGGGAAUGCCACCCAUACUGGAUGAAGCUGAAGGAGAUUGUGAACUUAAUUGUCAUGGAUCCUUUUGUUGACUUGGCCAUCACCAUCUGCAUCGUGCUGAACACGUUGUUUAUGGCCAUGGAGCACCACCCCAUGACCCCCGAGUUCGAGCACGUGCUCUCUGUGGGAAAUCUGGUUUUCACUGGGAUUUUCACAGCAGAAAUGUUCCUGAAGCUCAUUGCAAUGGAUCCAUACUAUUAUUUUCAAGAAGGCUGGAACAUCUUUGAUGGGUUUAUUGUCUCCCUGAGUUUAAUGGAGCUGAGUCUGGCAGAUGUGGAGGGACUUUCUGUGCUGCGAUCUUUCCGAUUGCUGAGAGUCUUCAAACUGGCCAAGUCCUGGCCCACUCUGAAUAUGCUGAUAAAAAUCAUUGGUAACUCAGUGGGUGCCUUGGGGAAUUUGACCUUGGUGCUGGCCAUCAUCGUGUUCAUCUUCGCCGUGGUGGGAAUGCAGCUCUUUGGCAGAAGCUACAAGGAGUGUGUCUGCAAGAUCAAUCCGGAGUGUGAGCUACCCCGCUGGCACAUGCACGAUUUCUUCCACUCCUUCCUUAUUGUCUUCCGUGUGUUGUGUGGGGAGUGGAUUGAGACCAUGUGGGAUUGUAUGGAAGUGGCAGGACAGGCCAUGUGCUUGAUUGUCUUCAUGAUGGUCAUGGUCAUCGGAAAUUUAGUGGUGCUGAACCUGUUCUUGGCCUUGUUGCUGAGCUCCUUCAGCGCAGACAACCUGGCAGCCACGGACGACGAUGGGGAGAUGAACAACCUGCAGAUCUCGGUGAUCCGCAUCAAGAAGGGCAUUGCCUGGACCAAGGCCAAGGUCAGGGAGUUCAUGCAGGCCCACUUUAAGCAGAGAGAGGCCGACGAGGUGAAACCCUUGGAUGAGCUGUACGACAAGAAGGUAAACUGCAUUGCCAACCACACCGGGGCCGACAUCAACCGCGACAUCGACUUCCUCAAGAACGGCAAUGGCACCACCAGCGGCAUCGGGAGCAGCGUGGAGAAAUACAUCAUCGACGAGGACCACAUGUCCUUCAUCAACAACCCCAACCUCACCGUGCGCGUCCCCAUCGCCGUGGGCGAGUCCGACUUCGAGAACCUCAACACGGAGGAUUUCAGCAGCGACACGGAUCCUGAUGGCAGCAAAGAGAAACUCGACGAGAGCAGCUCCUCUGAGGGCAGCACCAUCGACAUAAAGCCUGAAGUGGAGGAAGUGCCCGUGGAGGCACCAGAGGAGUACCUGGACCCAGAUGCCUGUUUCACAGAAGGUUGUAUGCAGCGCUGCAAGUGUUGUCAGGUCAAUAUUGAGGAGGGGCUGGGAAAGUCAUGGUGGACCUUGAGGAAAACUUGUUUCCUAAUUGUGGAGCACAAUUGGUUUGAGACUUUCAUCAUCUUCAUGAUCCUCCUGAGUAGUGGGGCUCUGGCUUUUGAGGAUAUUUACAUUGAGCAGAGGAAAACCAUCCGGACCAUCCUGGAGUAUGCAGACAAGGUCUUCACUUACAUUUUCAUCCUGGAGAUGCUGCUGAAGUGGUGUGCCUAUGGAUUUGUGAAAUUCUUCACCAACGCCUGGUGCUGGCUGGAUUUCCUCAUCGUGGCUGUCUCUUUAGUCAGCCUUAUAGCUAAUGCCCUGGGCUACUCGGAACUAGGUGCCAUAAAAUCCCUUAGGACACUAAGAGCCUUGAGGCCUUUAAGAGCGUUGUCCCGAUUUGAGGGGAUGAGGGUGGUUGUCAAUGCCUUGGUUGGCGCUAUCCCUUCCAUUAUGAAUGUCUUGUUGGUCUGCCUUAUCUUCUGGCUGAUUUUCAGCAUUAUGGGGGUUAACCUGUUUGCCGGGAAAUAUCAUUACUGCUUUAAUGAAACAGCUGAGCAUCGCUUUGAGAUAGAUGAAGUUAACAACAAGACAGAAUGCGAGGCUCUGAUGCCACCCAACUCCACGGAGAUCCGAUGGAAGAAUGUGAAAAUUAACUUUGACAACGUUGGGGCAGGAUAUCUGGCUCUGCUGCAAGUUGCUACGUUCAAGGGCUGGAUGGACAUCAUGUAUGCAGCUGUAGAUUCCAGAAAGCAAGAAGAGCAGCCCAAAUACGAGGACAACAUUUACAUGUACAUUUAUUUUGUUAUCUUCAUCAUCUUUGGCUCCUUUUUCACCCUGAACUUGUUCAUUGGUGUCAUCAUUGACAACUUCAAUCAACAAAAGAAAAAGUUUGGAGGUCAAGAUAUUUUCAUGACAGAAGAACAAAAGAAGUACUACAAUGCCAUGAAAAAACUGGGCUCAAAGAAGCCUCAAAAACCCAUUCCCCGACCUCUGAACCGCAUCCAAGGAGCUGUCUUCGACUUCGUCACUCAGCAAGCCUUCGACAUCGUCAUCAUGAUGCUCAUCUGCCUCAACAUGGUGACCAUGAUGGUGGAGACAGACACACAGAGCAAGCAGAUGGAGGACAUCCUUUACUGGAUCAACUUUGUUUUUGUCAUCUUUUUCACCUGUGAGUGUGUGCUGAAGAUGUUCGCCUUGAGGCACUACUAUUUCACCAUCGGGUGGAACAUCUUUGACUUCGUGGUUGUGAUUCUGUCCAUCGUGGGGAUGUUCCUGGCUGAAAUAAUUGAGAAGUACUUCGUGUCACCCACUCUGUUCCGAGUCAUCCGCCUGGCUCGCAUCGGCCGCAUCCUGCGAUUGAUCAAGGGAGCCAAAGGGAUCCGCACGCUGCUUUUUGCCUUAAUGAUGUCCCUGCCUGCCUUGUUCAACAUCGGCCUCCUGCUCUUCCUGGUCAUGUUCAUCUUCUCCAUCUUCGGCAUGUCCAACUUCGCCUACGUCAAGCACGAGGCCGGCAUAGACGACAUGUUCAACUUUGAGACUUUCGGCAACAGCAUGAUCUGCUUGUUCCAGAUCACCACCUCGGCCGGCUGGGACGGGCUCCUGCUGCCCAUCCUGAACCGGCCCCCAGACUGUGACCUGGACAAGGAGCACCCGGGCAGCGGCUUCAAGGGGGAUUGCGGGAACCCCUCGGUGGGGAUAUUUUUCUUUGUGAGCUACAUCAUCAUCUCCUUCCUGAUCGUGGUCAACAUGUACAUCGCCAUCAUCCUGGAGAACUUCAGCGUGGCGACAGAGGAGAGCGCAGAUCCGCUCAGCGAGGACGACUUCGAGACCUUCUACGAGAUCUGGGAGAAGUUCGACCCCGACGCCACGCAGUUCAUCGAGUACAGCAAGCUGGCGGACUUCGCCGACGCCCUGGAGCAUCCCCUGCGUGUCCCAAAGCCCAACACCAUCGAACUCAUCGCCAUGGACCUGCCUAUGGUAAGUGGGGACAGGAUCCACUGUUUGGACAUCCUGUUUGCCUUCACCAAACGUGUCCUGGGGGACAGCGGGGAGCUGGAUAUCCUGAGACAGCAGAUGGAGGAGAGGUUUGUGGCUUCCAACCCUUCCAAAGUGUCUUAUGAGCCCAUCACCACCACGCUGCGGCGCAAGCAGGAGGAGGUGUCGGCGGUGGUGAUCCAGAGGGCUUACAGGGCUCGUUUGGCACGACGGGGCUUCAUCAGCCGAAGGCCUGCCACCACCAAACUGGAAAACGGGGGAGCCAACAGGGAGAAAAAGGAGGGCACCCCCUCCACGGCGUCCCUGCCGUCCUACGACAGCGUCACCAAACCCGAGAAGGAGAAACAGCAGCGGGCGGAGGAGGGCAGGAGAGAAAAGGCAAAGAGACAAAAAGACGGCAGGGUGGCCAAGUCUUGAGACACACACACACACACACACACACACGCAGAAAGAGAGAGGAAAAAAAUUAACAAAAAAAAAAUAGUAGAAUUGUACGAAUUAAAAUAUUUGCAAGUGAAAAAAACAAAAAAAAAAAGAUUGUUUACAAACUUCCUGAAAUAUAUCAAUACAGAACAGCUGUGGAGACACUUACCUGAAGAUCUUAUACCAAACAUAGUCUGCUUACUGUGUGACAGCAUUGCAUCUAAAGCAGUGACCUACCACCUGUUUAAAGGACCCUGUAAACAAACAUUUAAACACAAAAAAAAGGAAAAAAAAUGGAUUUUCUAUUGUUUGGGCAGGUGGAUACUGCAUGUUCCACAUCAGUCAAUGCAACUUAGGACAAACAAGCAAAAUAAACCACACACACACACACACACACAAACACACACAGAGCAACAAAACCCGCUGCUGGGAUUCAUGUAUUUUCCAAAGCAGCCCCAAAUGGAUUUUAUUUUCCCAUUUUGUUGAUUAUUCUCAGAAGAAAACCCAGAAGUCACAAUGUCAAUGGGUUUGUUCAUGCAAAACUAGAUUUGCAUUUAGUUAAGCAGCAAAAUUUUAAAAAAAAGAGGAAAAAAAUUGAAAAAAGAGUUAAAACAAGUAGAACAAAAAAAAAAAAAGGAAAAAAUGAAACAAAGCACCCAUUAAGCCCACUGAGUUACCAUAGUUUAUUUGAGAUUUAUUAUUCGCAUUCUACUUUCUACAUGGGCUUUACUUGGUUUGGGAGAUGGGGUAGUCGGGUACCUUCAGCCUGGAGCCAGCUCGGGCUGAUCCCUCCCCAAAAAAACAAAGUGCUCGUUAACGCCUAGAAGCGAUUUUUGCAGAUUUUUGCAGAUUUUUGCAUGACGGCAUGACCAGGGACCAUGCAUGAGGAACCACAACCAGGGGACACGCAGUCACCUGUCCACAGAGGUGUGUUAAGCCAUAAAUUAGAGGCACUCCACUGAGUAUCUACCGCACACUGUAUUUUGGAGAGAAACCUUAGUGAUGCUCCUGCCCGGCACCAGUACUCCCAGUUCAUAGAGAAUCUUCCAUAAACCUGCCAGUAGAAGAAAAAAAAAAAAAACCCAACAAAACCUCAGUGUAACUCUAAAACCACGAAAUCCCCCAACAGAACAAGCAGGUGAAUGAAUUGUGUGUGUCUGUUUAACAACUUUGACUUUCUUUUCCAUACAGCCAUGGUUUUUUGCACACUGAAACAGAACAAAAUUCCAAAAUGCUGCUCUGGACCUCACCAAAGGGGAGAGGAUAAAUCUGGGAAUGGCUUGUUAUCCAUGUCACUGUAAAUCCAAAACCUAGGGCUUCAACCAGCCAGCAAGGUCAGUUGUAUCCUGCAAUAUUUAGCAUUAAUAUUAAUUAUCCUUCAGCCUCCAUCCUGCAGCGUAGACACUUCUUUUGGUAGAGAUAAAAGUUAAAAAACAACAAAAAAGCAGCACGUUACCUCUGCUGGUAGGAAUUUGGGGAGCUCACCCACAGCACUCUUGGGGUGGAGGGUGGUGUUGGGAGUCACCCUUGGGGUCGGGACGCACGUUUGGGGUCAGGACCCACCCUUGGCUGUCCCGUGGCCAUCGUGGCUCCUGCUCUGGGGGGGUGCAGAGCUGGACCACGGGGUGCUGGGCUGUGGCCAGGAGGGGUUUUGGGGUCUGCAGCCCAGGAGGGGCCAGGUGCCUUCACCUUCCCCCCGUUCCCCACACCUGCCCCAGGUAGCCCUGGGGGUACCUCUGGGCUGGUCUCACUGCAGCAGAAGGAGCAUCACGAGCCAUGUCUGGGCUGUUUUCUGUUUCCUCACCCCCAGCUCCCACUUGGGGUGUCCUCAGCCAGUCUCAGGCCAGCCCCGCUCAGGUUGGGGUGUCCCUUCAGGGUGGUGGCACCGGGGAGGGGAAGCCAAGGAUCACUGCAGGGGUGACAUCCAAAAUAAGGGUACCCAAAGUAGGGGGGGGAAAAAAAACCCCCAAUACACCAGAGCUUGAUGGGAGGAUGAAUCUCAGUUUACAUAAUUCCAUAAACCCAGAAAACGCCAGGAAUCACCUAAAAUAAACCAAACCCAAGCAGGAAGCCAUCCAGCAGCCAUCUGUGCCACCUUGGCAUCCUCGGGGCAGCCACAGCACGGGAGCAGCUCUGCCCCCCAGCAGGGACCUUGUCUGUCCUGCCCCUGUUGCUCCCAGGAUGGGAUGUAAAAUAAUAAAAAUAAUAACAAAGAAACGACAACAAAAAAAAAAUCUACAUACAUAUGUACAGGCUAUGUUGUAAACAGCACAAAAAAAAACAAAAAACAAAAAAAGGAAAAAAAAAUAGCUGAAAAGUGUGGUUGAACUUUUUAAGAGAAUAUUAUAAAUACUGUAAUAUAUCAUUUUAUUUUAUUGGCAUGCCUUUUUGUAAAUACAAAGAACUACAAAAAAUUAUAGAAUGGCUUCUGGCUUAUGCCAUUGUCCAUGGUUAUUUUUAUUUUUUUAAGAUUUUUCUGUUGUCCUUAGAUUUUAGAUAGCCAGGAAAUGUCCCCCAAAGGAAAAAAAAACCCCACAACAACAAAAAAAUUCCAAACGAAAACCUAACCCCCUCAAAAUAGAUUUUAACAAAAGCUUUAUUGCAAGUGGUAUUUGCAGCAGCAAAAGUGUCUAUUUUUGGGUUCCAAUGUGCAAUAAGUCGACCACUUCUAUGCAAGAUUUGGCUGAAUUUCAUAAUUGUUCCUAGGCUGGGCUGAGUCUUGUAGGUGACGCUCGGUGCGUUGGCGUUUGUGCUGGCAACUCAUGAAGCUGCUCAAUGACUUUAAAAUAAAAAAGUCCCUCCAAACUCUGUAUAUAUAUAUUUUUUUAAUGUUUUGUCAGUGUGAGAUGCAACAGGAAGGGGAGGGAGGAGGUUCUUCAGCUUCCUGUUGGCUGGAGUUGGUUCUUCUGCUCAAAAAAAAGGAGUUUGGGGUGUUUGGGGAUGUUUUUCUCCUUUGGUUUCCUCCCUAGGGCAGAAGUUUGAGUUGGGUCUUCACUGGGUGAAGCCAUGGUUGGAGGAAAUUUUGGGCAAAGAGCCUCAGGGAUUUGUCCCACCCAAAUCUCCAAAUUCUGACACAUUAUUCACAGAAUUCCCAUUCUGGAUUCAGGGUUUUGGGAGCAAAUUAAGGGGGGUGGUGUUGUUAGGAAGGUGUAGCCAAAACUCACAACCACACCAAGGAGUUCCCUUCCCUCCCCCACCUCUAAAAUCCUCCCUUUUGGGUUAAUUUGUGACUCCAAAAGUGUGGAGGAGAGUGCGUUAAUGAAAUGCCAGUCCAAGCUGCUUUAUUCACUUUCCUCUUCACCUUUUCUGAAAAUAUAGAAGCCAGUGUUGGGGAAAAAAAAAUAAAUUCAGGUAACCCCAUGGUGUUCCGUAGAGGCCACACCUGAGUUUGAAUGAUUUUUCUGCUGCAAAAAUAAAAUAAAAUUAGAAAAAAGCCAAAAAGCCAACAGCCUGUUCAAGCUGUAAAAGCUCAAUAGUGAAGAUUAGUGUAUUAGAAAUUGCAUGGUGGCUCAUACUGGUCUUACCCAACAUGACUAACAAUUACUAUAAGCCAAAAGAAAAAUGAAAUAAACUGAAAUAAAUGAAAUAAAUUCCCUUUUCACUGUACAAGGGAAGGUUGUCUUGGUGUCCCAGUUAUUCUCACCCUUCCUCCCCUUUUCCUGCCCCUCCGGGCUCCUCCCAAGGUGUUUUAGGGUGGUUUUGGGGAGCAGAGUGAGGUGCAGGAGGAGCUGUAGGAAGGUUUUUGGUGUUAAAGGUGUCAGGUGGCUCAGCCCUGCUGGGGCUGUGGGGUCGGUGCCUGCCUGGGGCUCCCUUUGAGGCAGGUGGGGGCUCCAGGCAGGUGGGGGCUCCAGGCAGGUGAGGGCUCCAGGCAGGUGAGGAUGGGGUCCCUAGGCAGGUGAGGAUGGGGGCUCCAGGCAGGUGAGGAUGGGGUCCCUAGGCAGGUGAGGAUGGGGGCUCCAGGCAGGUGAGGAUGCUCCGUGCUGGAUCUGCUCUGGCAGGGGAGGAUGUUGUUCUGUGAUGGCUCACCCUGUAACUGCUCACCUGCAACCCCUCAUCCUAUAACCCCUCACCUGCAACCCUGUGUCCUAUAACCCCUCACCUGUAACCCCUCACCUUUAACCCUCCAUCCUACAACCCUUUAUCCCUAACCCCUCACCUGUAACCUGCAGCCACCAUCCCUUGCCCUAAAAAACCCAAGGAAGGCCCCAAAGCCCCCUCAGUCCCUCCCUCCCCAGGGGGAUUGGGGGGCAGCAGCUCUGCAGGGCUGCUCUGGGGGCUCCUGCUGCCCCCCAGUGCUCCCACACCUGACUCCCACCCCUGCCCUGGGCUUCCCUUCCUCACACCACCCUGAAAGGGAUCCCCUGCAGUGACAGGACUGGCUCAGCUGCUCAGUGGUGCUAAAGGGCCCUCAACUGGGGCUGGGGCUGGCCGCAGGUGACCCUCACCUGCACCCCGGCACCUGCCUGCCCCCCUUCCCACUCCUGACCAGAAGGGCUGAGCUGGGCAUGAGCCUCACCAAAGGCAGAUUUAACCCAGAGCUGAAUGCCCCAGGCACCACCUUGGAAUUGCUUUUGAUAUUUCAGUUUUAGGUCACUUUGGGAUUAUUUUUCAUAGGAAACAUAAUUAUGAGUUUUGGUCCAGUUUAUUGAACAGAUGUGAAUUUUGCUGCUCAGUUGAGGCCAGUCCAAGCAAAGCCAGAGCGUGGUUGUGCCGUCCUGCACCUCCCCCGUGUCAAACACACACUGGUACCACUGGUUUAACUGGGCGCAGGGAUGGAGGAUUCCCAGUUGUCCCCACCUGUGACUGUGGUGGCUCAUUCCCUACCUCACAGGGGUGUUGUGAGGCUUCAUGAGUGACCGAGCGUGCUGCACUGAGGGUCCCAGAGCUGUGGGCAGGCACCGUGGGGCACUCAGGGGUGACCCAAAUGCUGCUGUGACAGCCCCACACCCUGUGCCCGCUGUGCAGCUGUGGGGCAGGGCCACUUCUCCCCUCUGACACCUGCUCAGGCCACUGGUGUUGGCCCCCUCCCGCCCUGGUUUUCCUCUCUGUUGUGUUUUACCUGGGGAGAGGAGGAGGAU